UCUCUCUCACUCACGCUCUUUCUGUGGGUCUCUCUAUCACUCUCUCUCUCUCUCUCUCUCUGGGAAAAACCCGAGCAGGAGGAAAGCAGCAGAAGGGGGGAGGAGGAGGACUCCUUCUUCUUCUUCUUCUUCUUCCGAUACAGCGGCGGCGGCAGGAUAUUUAGAAAAAAAAAUAAAUCAAAAAAAAAAAAAAAAAAAUCCACGCGCCGAACCCCCCGGUGCGGAGCGGCAGAGGAAGAAAAAAAAAAAAACACACACACACGGAUGUGCCUCCGAAAGCGCAGCGGAUACCGCCCUCCGGACCUUAUUAAUGCCAAGAUUGAGAGGUCCGAGGCAGAAGGGGGGAUGACAUGCAUGUGUCCGGCCUGUUAACAUCGCUGACGACUCGCACACUAACCGACUGCCCGCCCUCACGACAUGACGGAUGUACUGUACACAGGUCCGAUCCCGGCCGAGCGAGGGGGCGAGCUGGCCAUGGGGGGAGGUCGCAGCGAGACCUCGGCACUGAGCGGGGCGGCAGGGGGGCGGGGCAUGACCACUACUCAGAAUUCCCAGCGGCCCAACGCGUGCUGUUUCUGCUGGUGCUGCUGUUGCAGCUGCUCAUGUCUCACUGUCAGGAAUGAAGAGGAGAGACGGAGGCGGAGGAGGAGGAAGAGAAUAUCACAGGACACCAAGAUGGAAACCAUACCAAACUGUGAAGCUUGCACCAAACCUUCAGUGGAAGAGAUCCGGCUCUGGUCUCAGUCCUUUGACAAGCUGAUGAGGAACCCGGCAGGCCGGAAUGUUUUCCGGGAGUUCCUGCGGACGGAGUACAGCGAGGAGAACAUGCUGUUCUGGCUGGCCUGCGAAGACCUCAAACAGGAAAUCAACAAGAGCGCCAUCGAGGAGAAGGCGCGCUCCAUUUAUGAGGACUAUAUUUCCAUAUUGUCGCCAAAAGAGUGCCAAAAAAUUCUCAAGUUCCUGCUUCUAACUUGGAGGAUUUGCCACAAACAUGUGAGUCUGGACGCCCGGGUUCGAGAGGUGAUCAACAGGAAGAUGGAGGACCCGACACCUCACACGUUUGAAGACGCCCAGCUGCAGAUCUACACGCUGAUGCACAGGGACUCCUACCCUCGAUUCCUCUCCUCCAACAUCUACAAGUCGCUCAUUCACGGCGGCUCACGUACCUCCUCAGAAUCCUAGUCUCGCACCGCCUCCACCUCGUCCUCAUCCUCUGAUCCUACACAUACAGGAUUGAUGCCAGACCCUUUCAUCGCUUCUCCCUCACACUCCUCCCGGUCCAAAACGUCUCAAACAUGAUCAGACUCCUCCUCAGUUCACUUCUCCUUUACUCCAAAUCCCAGAUCUCUCCAACUACUGCCAAGACUUUCUCCUUUUUUCUUUUCUCUUCCACCUCAUAUCCUAAACUUUUAGUAGACCUGUUCUCUUCUUUCUCCUCUUCUCGACUCUUCUUUAUUUCUCUUUCUCUUGACAUUAAAUCUUCCUUUUCAUUCUUGUUCCUUUCUUUUUCCCGCCGAUCAUGAAGGACCUUUGAAAACAAGAAAACAAAAGUAAGUAAAGAAAAAAAAACAAUUUCAGUUUUCAUAAUUUGGACAAUAAAAGUUUCUAUUUCAUGCCCAGAAAUAUUUAAAAUCUCCACAAUUUGAUUUUGUUGACUUGAAAAAAAAACUUAAACAGUAGUGAAACCAUUAAAAGGACAUGAAAUUUAUAUUUGUGAAAUUUUAAUUAACAUUGGCUCAGGUUUUAAAGUAGAACACAUUACCUAGAAAUUCAUUUUUUUUUCUUUUUAAAGGUCAAUAUUAACAUGCAGCUGACGUUUAAAAGGUCCGAGCAAACCCCGAGGACGACUGUUAGAUGUGGUUCACAGCUUCGGCCAAAGCUAGUGGGUGGGCCAGCCUUUAUAAAAUCAUCUUGAAUAACGAUAUACCAAGGUCCACUUACUGACUGUUCCAAAGCUUUCAACCGCAUCUCACAGUCUUCCUCAGCAGCUGCUGCUUCCACAGUUUGGAGGUGCAGAGCAAACUGAAAGCUUUAAUUGACCAUUUUUACACUAAAAAAAAAAAAAACAAUAGAUCUGUUUUCUCUGGUCAAACUACUGUUUCAAAGGUCAAGAAUGAAGGUUUUUGGUCAUGGUCCCUUUAAUUUGGUUAUUAAUGAUUUGAAACAAGGAUAUGUACGAAGCGGGGAAAUUUUAAAGUACAGUAUAAACUUUAUUUUUUUCUUUCUUUCCUGUCAGGCCCGGUUUAUAAAUUUGCUGGUUUCAGUUUGUUUUCUCAGUCUGUCCUUAAAAUUCCUGCUGAAGCUGCUGAACACACUUUACCUCCUCUGAUCUUUGUCCUGGAAUCAGUUUCUCUUCUCAUAAUUUCUGUUGUCUUCUGUCCUUCUACCUCCAUCCUUCUACUCAUCCAUUCCUCCAGUGUUUUUCUAUCUUCUCUUCCCUCAUCUUUCUGGUGUUUCCUGCCUUUUUCCUGUCCUUCACCUUGAUUUCAUCUCCUGAACGGAAAAGGAAGUGAUCUGGGAUGUAAAAGUAUUUCUUUGGGAUAUCUUCUGCUGUUACGUGGAGAUGUUCGUAUUACUUUGGGAGAUUUUAAUGCAUUUCAAUGGGAGAAAUAUUCUUCUGUGCCAUGGAUUCUUAGAGGAUUUUUACCAAUUAGCCCCUCCCCUCAUGACUGUCCAGUCACCUUUAAGUCCCUGACUUCCGCCCACCUCAUUGCCUUGUUUUUCAUCUUUCCGCUGCCUCUACGUUGGGACUGACAGAAGGCAAAAAUAAAAAAGACGGAUGCUGUCUCAUUCCCUGUCUUUCUUUUUUCUCUUUCUUUUUCUGUCUUUCAACUGGAAAACACAGGGUGCUCCCGCUUUGAACAACAAAAAAUUUGUCUCUUAUUUUUGUUGUUCACCCCACCCCCCCCACCUCCCUUUGUUUUGCUGGAUUAAUCAUUUCACUCCUGUGAUAAACAAACGGACGAAUGGAUGGAUGCCACUUCCUUCCGACUACUGAUUUACAAACAGACAAGAUGUCUAUUUUUUAAGAGAAAACUAUAUGGAACAUUUUAAUUAUGUUGAUUUUGUUUUGUUUUGUUUUUGUUUGUUUGUUUUUGUUUCUCCCAUCCUCUCCCGUUCCUGGAGUAUUUGCAAGAAGAGGAGGAUUCCUCUGAGGCUGUACUGAUCCCCACCCGAAACCACACCACAGACACUGCAAUAAAACACUGGAGUUUAGAAAAACAACACACGUACAUACACACGCACAUGCACACAUUUACAAAAAUUUGUGUUGCUAUACUUCUCGGGAACUUUCAAUAACCUAAUCAAUACAAUUCCGUCCCAUCCUUUAAUCCUGAGCGAGGUGCGUCAGCUACGUCAGGCUUGUUGUGUAAUAUUGCAGAAUUUUAGAGAAUCUGGGCUGUAAAACGUUUCUCAUAUUUGUCUCCAUGACCCGUGCAGAUGUCACUUUGGGCUCCAGUGAACAUGUACUUUGUGUUUUUCACUCUUUUUUUUACAUUUCAUUAACUAAUCGAUCAAAAAAAUAACGAUUUUUUGUAAUAAAAAUAUGUUUUAGUUGAAGCCGUAAAUCACAGGCAAACUGUAUUUUUUGACGUUAAACAUCUGCUGCACCAGGCAAAGAUUCAAAUGCAAAACUCCUGGUAACUUAUCAACUAAAAACAAACUAUCAGAGAAGAAAGAUCCACCGACAGUGAAUUUGUUUUUCUGGAUGGAGACGGAAGGAAAACAUUAACAUAUGGAGGAAGAACUUUGAAUCAAACUAUGAUACAUUUCCUUUAGAGUAUAAAAUAUAAAAAGUUGAAAUGACUCUGAAUAUGUGUGGUUAAGUGUUUUAAACUUAGAGGUCUGAGUUUUCCCAAUAAGUAUGGUAAUACAAACACACACACACACACACACACACACACACAUACAUACAUACAUACAUACAUACAUACACACACACACACACACACACCAGGGUGGCCUACCUGGGCACUGCUGCUGCUGACCUCUGCCUUUGUGACCUCUCACCUUUGACCUCACCACUGUCCGUUGCCCUCUCGGGCGCCUGCUUCUGAUUGGCAGCAGGAGCCACGGGGCUGAUCUGUGGUUGGUCAAUUCAGGAAGGGGAGUGGGAGGAAAUCCCAGGUGCAAAAAAAAUAUAUAUAGAUAUAUUAAUGACAACUAAUAAAAGUUAUAUAUAGAAAAAAGAAGAAGAUACCUAUUAUGUGAGAUGGGAUGCUUACAUCCAGUGCUUCAUGGGAAAUGUAGUUUGAGGAAAACAAAUGUUUGUAGUUGUCUGUGGAGGCAGAGACAACAGAUUUAAAAAAAAAAAAAAAAGAGAUACCUAGCUCUUAACCAGACUGGUCACUCAGAAUGCAUUUAUCUUAGUAUUGUUAAUGUUAUUUAUUUUAUAUUUUGUUAAAACUGUGAUUUUAAUUGUACAUAUAUAAACGGAAACCCUUGAA